AUGGCACAUAGUUCAGGCGUAAAUAGAAAUCGGCUAAGAGAAUUCGAGGUUGGUACAUAUCGAGAACUUCUGGCGCGAAGUGUUCGAGGCGAUGGCUUGGAUAUUCAUCAUGUCCUACAAAAGCAAAUUGGUCUGGAUCUCAUCCCAGGUUACUCGGAAGUGAACGGGAUUUGCAUAGCAAUACGAGCAAGUGAACAUCGAAAAAUUCCGACCCUGAGAUCGAGCGAGAUAGCACAAAAGUAUCGCAAUCAAACUGCACGGCAAAUCUUGGCUGACGAUAUAUGGCGCAAUCGAAAAUCCGGUGUUAUUCCAUCGUCUGUCGUGCUUCAAGCACUUCGAGCCCAUCUCGAAUUGUAUCCACAUGUUUACGAAAAGCCUGGUGGUAGUGAUGGCGUGAGAAUUGAUGCUCGGUCUGUGUUAACAAGUUUACAGCAAGCAGCAACCAAUGAAAUAACACAGGAGGCUGCUCGGCAAGCUUCGAAACGAGUAGCCGAGUAUAAAAAAAUACUGCACGAUAAAGCGCAAGCAUGUCUUAGUACUGGUAAUCGGCUUAGUCGCUUACCGGCCAAUGUGCAGCAACUACUUCGGAACAAUGGAAAAGCGAACUCCUCUACUAAUUCUUCUGAAAGCAGUUAUGAUUCAAUGCUAGGAACUUACAUCAUUCAUCAAGAAUAUGAUCCAGUAUUGGGUUGUAAUUUAACUCUCACAGUUCGCAUUGAAUAUGUUCGAUCCGAAACACGAGAAGAAGUAAGAGGUCGAACAAAAACUGUUAUUACUACACGGUACUAUAGGUCUAUUCUUGAGUGGAAAUGA